UCAAUGUGACCCGUAAUUAAUAGGCACUUUCGAUCCGGACGGCUAUCGGAACUCUAUGAAAGCGUCGCCGUUCCCCUAAAUCCCAUUAACAACAACCGCAUCGAUGAUCGAAGUGAUGAUCGAAGUGGUCGUCCACCGUCUAUUCCGUCUCCUCUGCCAUCAGAUCUCAAUCCUGAAAUCCUUGAUUGGAUUCGGACACUUGACCCCGCCGAGCUCGAAAGGAUCUACGCCAUCCUCGAUAAAAUUCAGCAAUUCGACCCCGCCGAGAUUUUGGGGUUGAGUUUGAAGGAAAAGAAUAAAAAAGAAGAAGAGAAGAGGAGAGAGACUGAAAUGGAAAACGAGAAGGAGAGAGAGAAUGAAAGCAGCGGCAUUGGAGGAGAGAAUCAGAAUGGUGGUGAGGUGGAGAAGGAGGGUGUUGAGGAGAGUAGCACAAGGAAUCAGUACCCAUUGAGGCCGGAACCUGGAGACUGUUGGUGGUAUCUGAAGACUGGCAAUUGUAAGUUUGGAUCGAAUUGCAAGUUUAAUCACCCUCGGAGAAGGAAAAACAAGCAGGAAAUAUUUGUGUUGUUGGUGCUCACUUUGUGUUUCUUGGUGUUUUGAACUUUUAUCAUACUUAUUAGAAGAAGGUGUCUAAGGACAAGGCAAAGCAGAGGGAAGAUUUGGCAGAGAAGCAAGACCAGACCGAAAGCAAG